CCCACUGCGCACGCGCAGGCGCUGCUCCGGGAGUUUGCUGUUUCGGCCUGUUCCGCGGCCGCUCGGUCAUUUUCGCCUCUUUGUUUUACCGAUAGUGGAUUUUCUGCCCCGGAUUCGAGCCGAUACCCGGCGGACCGCGCUGCUCCCGAACAGGCUCCGAUGAGAUGCUCUCCAUGAUGAGGAGCUAACACUGUCGGCCGCACAACCGCAGGAAGAGUCGUGGCUGCUGCACCAUCCACAGUCGACGCAUGGCGGUAUUAGGGAACCCCGACAUGCUGACGAGGAAGAUAAAGCUGUGUCACAUCAACGCCCACAUCACAUGUCGUCUGUGUGAGGGCUACCUGAUCGACGCCACCACCGUCACCGAGUGCUUACACACCUUCUGUAGAAGUUGUCUAGUGAAGUAUCUGGAGGACAACAACACGUGCCCCACGUGUAGGAUUGUUAUUCAUCAGAGCCAUCCACUGCAGUACAUCGGCCAUGACAGAACAAUGCAAGACAUUGUCUACAAGUUGGUACCGGGACUUCAAGAGGCGGAGAUAAAGAAGCAGAGGGAUUUCUACCAGAAGCUGGGGAUGGAGGUGCCUGGAGACAUUAAAGGAGAACUCUGCAACAUGAAGACUCAUCUAGAUCAGCGCAACGGCGACGCAAAAUCAGAGGAGACGGCCAAUAAGGAGGCAGGAGAGGAGAAACCGGAAGAGGACAACGACUAUCACCGUAGCGACGAGCAGGUCAGCAUCUGCUUGGAGUGCAACAGCAGCAAGCUGCGAGGUCUGAAGCGCAAGUGGAUCCGCUGUUCGGCACAAGCCACCGUCCUGCACCUCAAGAAGUUCAUCGCCAAAAAGCUUAACCUGACAUCGUUCAACGAGCUGGACAUUUUAUGCAACGAAGAAAUCUUGGGGAAGGACCACACGUUGAAAUUUGUCGUUGUGACGAGAUGGAGAUUUAAGAAAUCGCCCCUCCUGCUCCACUACAGACCCAAGAUGGAUCUGCUCUAGCUAAAACGGACACAGCGGUUGUUUCUUUCUUUUUAAUUGUUUUUGUUCCGGUGGCUGCAAACUGUGCAGAGACUUUUUUUAUUUAUGCAAAGACGAUCAAACACCAACACCAAGCAAAACGCCCUACGGUAAAAAUAAAAAAAUAAAAUCAGCAUAAGCCAGCAAAAUCGGAUCUGAAAGUGGAGGGAACGAACACAAAACUGGCAACCCUCCGGCACAGAUACUUGCAACACUGGCGUGUUUUUUUUUUUAGGAACUAUAAAACAACCCUUUUUUUUGUGUGUGUCCGCUACAUCCUAGAUAUGUGAAGAAAAAGAAAAAAAGAAAAAAAAUUGAGAGAAAGCAUAUAUUUAUACUUUUGUACAGAAGAGACACAUGGAACCAAGACACUACUGGUGCUCUGUUUACACACAAACAAGAUGUCGGGAAUCACGUGACCGUCACAUUUCAUCCUCCCGGGACAAAGACUGAGAGGAGAGGAGGAAUGUUUUCUGUUUUUUAUAUAUAUGGGAAAAAACAUUUUGGGGAUUUUUUUUUUUAUUGUCACAAUACACCUGGGAGCACAGAAAAUAAAUGGAAGAUUUAUAACAGGCAUCGAAUUUAAAGCAGUUUUAUCAAAUUGUCACUUUUCCCGCCCUUUUUUUUUUUCUUCCCCCAUCUUCAUUUUUGUCGGCUUAGUCUAAUUUGCUGAUGGAUUCUUGAUGAUUGUCAAUUGUGAAUAGGCUUAAAAAGAAAAAAAAAUUGUGUAGUAAUUUAUGUUCUAUAUACCAAUAUUGUACAUAAAAAUGUCAUUACAGAGAGAGAGAGAGAGAUUGAAGUACAGAGAGACUUUAGACUGUUAAAAAGAGAAAAGAGUGGAUCCCAGAAGUGCUACAGUAUCUAUAUGUCGGGCAGCGAGAACAGGAAAGUGAUACAUUAGGAUUU